GGUGGACCUACUGGACCACAGCAGUCGCGACUCGCCGAGUUCAUUAAACUCAAUGUUGUCAGCAAUGAGAGCUGCUCCAUUAAGGGCAGCACUGGCGGCAGCUAGAAGUCAAGCAAGAGCAGGCCUACUACCGUCUUUACGCACAUUGCAUCAUAUUUCCAGCACAUGGGGACCUCCAUCAGCAAACCUCGUGCCCAUAGUCAUCGAACAAACAGGAAGGGGCGAGCGAUCAUAUGACAUUUUCUCUCGCCUAUUGCGCGAACGUGUAAUAAUGUUGUAUGGACCUAUACGGGAUACAGAUUCAGCCCUGACCGUUGCGCAACUCUUGUUCCUUGAAGCCGAAGACUCCUCUAAACCAAUACACCUGUACAUAAACUCCCCUGGAGGAAGCGUGACUGCGGGACUGGCUAUCUAUGAUACAGUACGAUACGUUUCUUCGCCGAUACACACGUACUGUGUGGGACAAGCAUGCUCCAUGGGAUCCCUAUUAUUAGCAGCGGGUGAAAAAGGAAAGCGUCAUUGUCUUCCUAAUGCUAGUAUAAUGAUCCACCAGCCUUCUGGAGGCGCCUCUGGGCAAGCUUCUGACAUUGCAAUUCACGCCAAGGAGAUUUUGCGUGUGAGACAUCUACUCACAAGUAUAUAUCAGCGACAUUGUGCCAAAGGAAAGGAAAGUGAGGCAUCAGGGCUGGAGCGGUUCGAGAGGGCUCUAGAGCGAGAUUAUUUCAUGACGGCACAAGAAGCUCUUAACUUUGGGAUUGUUGAUGGCAUUCUGGAGAAGAGACCAAGUUCCGAAGGCGAUUCAAAUUUGGAUCACAGUGCACGAACUUAAAAACCCCUUCUACUCCCGAUCCGGGCACGAUAUAGAGCUCGCAAUGGAAGCCCCUUUCGCCUUUUUUGUAGUCUCAUCUACGCCCGUGUAAUCUUCGCUGGUGAUGGGGUAGGAUAGUAUGGCUUUUCU